CUUGUUGCAGUGUGCAUAGCGCGUCGCCGGAUAACUCUAGCUCUUACUAUCACUUCUUGCUAUGAACGGGCGAGGGAGAGAAAAGUCUUGAGUGAAGUGUUUAGUAGAUUCUAUAUUAGUUUUGAGAGAUAAUGGUAAGAAGUUUGAAAUUUCCUGAACCAAAAUUUUCCUGCUGAUUUCUUUACCACAUGAUCGCUCCCGCCACGCAAAAGAGAGAUUCAUUGUAUAUAAUGUUCAGCCGCGUUCAAGGAUGGCGGCAGGCUGGGUCGUGCAGGAUUCUGUGGGUGGCGAUGGCCAUCCUCGUCUUGGGCGUCGAGCGUAGUAGCCAACAGGACUAUAUCGACAGGGUCUUUGGCAGUUUCCAAGACGUCCCCGUGGUCCUCCGAGCGCUCACUGGAUCCCUGCUCGGGCCUCCUGCCCCUCCGUCCUCCACAGCCCAGGCCAGGAGAGACGACCCAGCCGCUCCUUCGACCCCAGACAGCACCUCCGAGAUUCCCGCGAAGUACUGCGUGCAGGAGCUCGGAUGUUUGCUGACUGGGCCCGGAUUCCGCCACCGGAAGCGCCGCCCGAUCAACCUGCCGCCGGACCCCCGCCACUUCAUCAACGUGGCUUUCAACGUCUUCACGAGGGAGAACAUCAAAGGCGUCAGGAUUCCGGCGAAGGAAAUGCCUCUUAUCUUGAAGAGUUCUUUCGAUCCGUUGAAAAGGACUAAAAUCAUUGUUCAUGGCUAUUUAAAUGGCCGAGAUAUGCCUUAUCUACUGGACUUAGCCUCCGCUUUCUUGUAUACGGAAGAUGUGAACGUGAUUUACGUGGACUGGACAGAGGGUGCCAUACGCCUGUACAACAGAGCGGUUGCAAAUGCUCGUGUCGUUGGCUUAGAGAUAGCACACCUGGUCACCUGGCUUGGCAAGAACGCCGGCCUCCAAGCCAAGGACGUUCACCUGAUCGGUCACUCUCUCGGCGCACAUGUGUGUGGUUACGCGGGAGAGAGGGUGCCAGGCCUAGGGAGGAUCACCGGCCUAGAUCCCGCUAAGCCGCUGUUCGAACAGAUGCCGCCUGAGGUUCGCCUGGACCCUUCGGACGCCCUCCUGGUCGACGCCGUCCACAGCGACGCCCACCCGGUCUUCUUCCUGGGCCAAGGCUACGGCAUCACCCAUCCCGUCGGGCACCUCGACUUCUACCCGAACGGCGGCGAGUACCAGCCGGGAUGCACGCCCGCUCUCGUCGCCCCCGUCAAGUGGCUGCUCUCCGGGGGCCGCCCCUCCACAGCCAAGGACGCGGUGAAUGAUGCUCUAGGAUGCAACCAUAUCUUCGCGGUGAAGGUCUUCAUCGACUCCAUCAUUUCCACGUGCCCUUACACUGCUUUCCACUGCCCUUCGUAUAGAGACUACGAGGAGGGAAAGUGCUUUAGCUGUGGCCCCGAUGGUACGGGAUGUGCGUCGCUUGGUGUUCAUGCGGACAAGUGGCGAGGAAAACAAACGGGCGUCUCUCUCUACCUGAAAACUGGCCCUGAACCCUAUUUAUGCCUUUUUCACCAUUUGCUGCGCGUGGAGUUCGGGCGAAGGGAAGACGCGACGCGUUCCCUCCAAGGCCGUCUGAACGCUACGCUCGCCGCCCAGGGGGGACGUACUGUGACCUUUCACCUGACUUCAAGAAUAAUGCAAUUCCAGUCUACUGAGAAGAGCUUAACCUUCAUGCUGGAAAAUCACCAGGAUCUGAGCGCAGCCAAGGAGGCCCUGUUGACCUGGAACGCUGGCUGGUCAGGUCGUAGCUGUGGACGCGCCUGUGAUGAUAGCAUCACAAUAACAAAGGUCACUGUGCAGAACGUAGAGAAGAGUGGUCAGCGGAGACAGCUUGGGCGAUCUGCGCAAGAUGAUUGUCAGCGGCCAGCCGACACCGCCACUAGAUUGCUUAACGGAGGCACGGUCAAAGUGCCACUAUCACAAGAGUGCCAAAUAGUAUGAAGAGUAUUGAUGAAGAAUUUGAUGCUUCUUUGUAACUAGUGGGAUUUUCUUAAAGCGGGUAUAAGGAAUCGUCUCCAAAGAGGCUUGGAUAUUAGCUGACAACAAUAUAACGUUGUCAUAUGAAGAUGUAGUAUGGACAACAGUUAGCCAAAGAUUACUGCGACAGCGGCUUCUGAGUAAAGGCAUUGGCUCAAGUUACUUUACCCGUAAAACCUUGUCAAAGAAAAUCCAGGUCUAAGGUCGAAUUCAUAGGCAUAUUAGAUCUAGGCAUAAUGGUUCGAGUAACAGACCAUAAUAUACAGUGUUGCUCAGUCUCCAUUACGGAAAACGAUGCGAUGAGACUUCAGCGUCGAUUAGAGACUGAUAAUUUUUUACUGUUGUAUGACGCGAUUAAGAAUGUACAUAAUUGUACAAUAGAAGUCAUAGUUUUGCCGAAUUUAACCGAAUUGCAGAUAUUGUUAUGGUUAUUAAAGAAAUUACACACAUUUUAAACCGAAGUCUGGACUUGGGCAUCGCAUCCACAUUCUUUUUCCGUGAUGGCGGUCAAUUUAAGCUUAAGUUUGACCUUAGCAUUAGUCUUGAUUCAGGUCAGCUUAACAAGCCUUGAUUACUAUUGCUUCAGAUAAUGACGGUUAGUUUGAUCACUACCUGGGUGAUUAAGGUGAAAUCAUGAUGAUAUUUAAACCUAAGUCACUGUUUUACAUCGCAUGGAGUUUAGGUCAUCAGAGAGAUAGGUUAAACUCCUAAUAACAUGUAGCCUAGAUUAUUAAAAUGGCAUUAAAUCAAAGACAUCAAUUUUAAAAUAUAUCUUUUAGUGAGCGAAUGAGUAUGCAGAAGGUUUAAAUAAGUGCUUAUUUAGACUUUGACAUUGCGUAACGCUACAAUCAAAGCGGGGAUUUAAAAUAAGCUCAUGUUGGCAUUAGAAUAGUGUAAGAUAGUAUUACAUAAGGUAUCCUAGCUUGAUUCUCAUCAUUAUCACCACUUUUAUCAUCUUUACUCACAUCACAUAUCAUACCAACAAAUGCAAGACUGCAAUUGCAAGCAUUGUAUGAAUAACUGUUAUCAUCCUAUUCAUAUCAUUUGCCAUUAUUAUUGAGAAUUUUUUUUUCAUUAAUCAGCAAAUUACAUUGUUAAACGUUUCAGCGAUCUUUUCGUCUUCUUUCUGUAUGUUGUAUUAUGAGAAGAUACGUUGUAGAAAAAAAAAACAUAGUCACUUUU